CGCGCGGGCCCCUCGCGGCCGCCGUAGCGGUGCGCGCGCAGCGGCGGCGCGCAUGGCGGCGCCCAUGGCGGCGGCGGCGGCGCGGCGGCUCCCGGGGCGGCUCCCGCUCCCGCUCCCGGCCCCGGCGCGGGGGUGCGGCGGCGCGGCGGAGUGGGGCGCGCGGGAGCGCUCGUACUGGCAGGCGCUGAAGCGGCGCGUGCUGGGCCCGCCGGCGCCGCCGUUCGCCCGCGUGUGCCAGGUGGGCGCCCCGGUGCUGCGCGCCGCCGCCGCCGCCGUGGCCCCGGAGCGCCUGGGCGGCGCCGAGCUGCGGGCGCUGGCGGCGGCGCUGGCGGCGGGGCUGCGCCGCGGGCCCUGCCUGGGCCUCAGCGCCCCGCAGCUGGGGGUGCCGCUGCGCGUCUUCGCGGCGGAGCUGCCGCCCGCCCUGUGCCGCCAGUACCCGCCGGCGCUGCGCCGCGCCCGCCGCCUCGAGCCCUUCCCGCUGCGCGUCCUCGUCAACCCCGAGCUGCGCGUGCUCGACGCCCGCCUCGUCACCGCCCCCGAGGGCUGCGCCAGCCUCGCCGGCUUCUCCGCCUGCGUCCCGCGCCACUGGGCCGUGCACGUCUCCGGUGUGGACGAGACCGGGGAGCCGGUGAGCUGGGAGGCGACAGGCUGGGCCGCCCGCGUCAUCCAGCACGAGAUGGACCACCUGGACGGCAUCCUCUACAUCGACCGCAUGGACAGCCGCACCUUCACCAACACCCGCUGGAUGGAGCUGCUCGAGUGAGGCCCCGCCGCCCGUGUCAUGUCCCCCCACCCCAGCCGCCGCAGGCCCUGCCGGGUGUGGAGGGUUUCCGCACAUGGGACAGGGACAUGCUGCAGCCCCGCGGCGCGGGGAGCCCCACCGAGCCCUCCCGGGCGGGGGGGGUGGUGCGGCGCUGCGCCUGACAUGUGCUUGGUGGGGAAGAAGCAGACACUGAGCCACAGCCCGGGAGACGAGUUCGGGAGACGAGUUCAGCUUUAUUGUGGUCAAUACAAAGCGCUUCAGGACGCGG